UCUGGUGUUGGUGUGUGAACAUAAAAAAAGAGAGAGGUUGUGUUUUAACGUGCAUUGUAAUCCAUUAAAGGCCUUGCAAAUCACGCAACAGGGACGACCAACCCCUUUUUAUGUUUGUCUAUCUAAAACACACACGCCUCUCUUCACUCUUGUUAAAUUGAUAACACCAGAGCUAAUUGCAGAGAGAACCAAUAGAAGAAGAUGAAGGUUCUAGAGAAGUGGUUGGCCUUGAUGUACCCAAGAGUGCAAGAAGGAAGAGAGGAAGAGUGCUGUAGUGUGUGUCUGAUGAGAAUGGAGGAAAAAGAUCAUGUCAAGUCUCUACCUUGUUCCCAUGAGUUCCAUAGUCUCUGCGUCGAUACAUGGUUCAAUGUCAGCCGCAAGAUUUGCUGUCCUCUUUGUCGCUUUUCACCCGCUACCAUCCUCCUCACUGAUGAACUUCUCCUCUGGUUCUCUUCUUUCCAUUUCUGAUUCCUUCCUGUUUUUUCCCUUUUCUUCUUCUUGAGAUUUAAAACACCUUUUUCUCUAUGUAAUUCCCUUGAUUCUCAGAACAAAAAAGAUGAGAAAGUCUUGUAAAUAAAUUGUUAAUUUGCCGACUCUGACUUAUUACCUUAAAAAGUCAGUCAAUUAUUGCUCUUUUGGUAAGAAUUGGAAGAAUAUAUUUUCUUAAAUUAGUCUGUACGUUAUGACUCUUUGGAAAGUAUAAAGAAAAGGAAACUUUAAAAUU